ACGCAAUGAACGCUGGUGUUUUGGGUUACGCCAUGACUAACAGCCGGAAGUGAGGGGCUGUGGGGCGCACGUGGGUCCGGGGAGCUGAAACUAUGGGGAAGAAUAAACCCAAUAAAAGUAUGGAACAGCCCGGGCGUCCGGUGCAGCAGCGCAGCCAUGUAAAGAAAAAGACCAAUUCGGCACCGAAAGAUGUGGACAUGCAGGAAAUCCCAUUCAAGUUGCGGGAAAUUAUGAAAAGCAAAAUGGAAAUGAACAGACCCACGAAAAAGAGGAAGAAAAGGGGAGCAAGACAAGGACCAGAUCAUGCAGAGAUCCAGACCGAGAUCCCAGUCCCCAAGUUUAAGAGGCAAAAGCGUGAAUCUGUGGGUGCUUACUUAGAUCGCAUGGACAGGGCAGCCAAACACGUUAUGUUCUUGAGCAAGAACCAGCCAGAUCGCGAGCCCGAGCGGGAGCUGGACUUGGAGAAAAAGGCCAAGAAGACCCCAAAAGACAGCAUCGCCAAAGAUGACAUCUCAAAAGACAACACGGAGACAGACAGUACCCAGGAAGGAAAACCAGAGAAAUCUAAGAAAGCGUUCAACCAGCGGAGACAAGAAAAGGUUUUAAGGAAGAAAGAAGAAAAGGAGGCAAGUCGAUUGGAGAAGGAUAUUUUCAAAGAUGACAUAAAGUUUGGGGAGGUAGCUAUGGAGCCACCAUCUUUCACAGUAAAACCAAGGAAGAGCAAAGAGUGGUCAAAGCCUGGGGAGAAACAGCUUCUGCUGAAGAAGCUCUUGAACAAAGAUGCGAAAGUACCUGCUCUGUCCAUGGCAAGGAAGAGACUGUUGUUGGAGGAACGAGAGAGGGUUGUAGAAGCUUACAGGGAAAUGAAGAAGAGAAAAAUGCAACAGACUGGCCUUUGAAUCUGCCAUGUUUAACCGCACUUCCAGUGCCAGCAAGCUGCAUCGUCGUUUUAGAGCAAUCUGAAAGACUGUUCACAAAGUUCACAAACACUUCUCAUUGCACAAGGGACAAUCUUACGUUAGUUCCAAGUGACCUUUUGUCAUUUUGGUGCAUUGAUGAAAGGACAUGCCGAGUUAAUAUGAUCCAGUGGGGUUUUUUUUACCAGUCAAAACUCUGUAAAGAGCUGUGGUUUUAUUGGAGCUGAGAUCCAAUACCUGUUGGGCUAUAUGAUGAAGUAAUUCCCGGCAUGAGUUACAACCAUGAAAAUACUGCUAGUGUGACUUACAAUGCACUCCUGUUGUGGGACGUGUGUGCAAGUUCUGCAUUAACUAUAACGUUUCAAAAUGGUCUGUUUGGCCCAUCUUAAAGGAGAAACACAGUCUCAUCUUCAGACUUAAUGAGAGCUUCUAAUCUGCGGGGAACCCACUGUCCUCUACAUUUCUCCUCCAAUAAAUGCCGAGUGAAUAACCCAGUUGUAGUUA